AUGGACGAGCCGAAUUUACUCAGAAUCUGUUUACUUGGACAUUCUUUCGUGACUCGUUUACGGCGGUAUAUGGACUCACAUCCUGAUUUAGUGAAUUUAAAGCUACACCAUAGACUUUAUAGUGUUUCAGUGCGGGCUCGUGGUGGUUUACGGAUCUCUAGCAUUGCUCGUUCCAGAGACUUGUUGACUUUUGAUGUGUUGCCACACAUAUGCUUCAUGCAGAUUGGGGAGAAUGACAUUCUGUUGAAUAGUGACGAAGUGAUUGUGCGUGAUAUUUUAUCAUUAGCGUCUUAUCUGCAUUCGGGUGUGGGCAUACGAACAGUCAUUGUAGGCCAGCUUCUACGCCGCCAGCCUUGGGCUUCGUCUUCGGACUUCAACGAUCGCAUCGUCGCCAUCAACGUUAUGCUAAAAGAACAGUGUGCAGCUAUGAACGGUGUACAUUUCUGGCCUCAUAGAGGCUUCUGGGAAGACUUGACAUUCCUGUGCCAUGACGGGGUACAUCUCCGAUGCCCUACCCCAUCUCCUCUUGUUGUGACCGCCUCUCCUAUGCAUCGUUUUUGGCGAAGUGUUCGCUCAGCUAUCUUACAUCAUAGACACAUUUCAGGCCAGUAUCAUUCUGCUUAA